AUGUGUUCCAUUUGGCUGGGAACAAGAUGCGCAAACUUUGGUAUUUUUUACGACAAAAUGACAUGUUUUAUACCAAAACACACUUGUCGGACAUUCAAGUCAAAAGACAAUUCUAUCGAAGGAAAUCUGUUGCUGUCGAAGACACUGGGUAUGCAACACAUUCAGCUUCAACCUGACGUGUACCAUGAUCUUGUGAGCUCUCGCAACUUUUCAGCGUUCUUUAAGAGAGAGUGGCGUCCAUCGUCAGAUACAAAAAUUCUUUGUGUGCCACAAGGAGUAGCAACUUUGGAGGCACAGGAAGGUGUAAAAUUAUUGGCACAUGAGAUCAACACUUACGUCCAAACAUGUGGUACACUCUUUGCAGUUGUAAUACCAUGUGGUACUGGGGACGCUGCGUUUCUAACCAAACAAUUUCAGCAACUUAUUGUUGAAGAUCCAUCGCUGGAUAUGAACUCGGUAGUAUUUCCUCAAAUUUUGAAUCCAAAAGAAAAGAAUCGGUUUGGACGACCAUGGUGGCCAUUGUACCACAUGUACCAUGAGUUACUGCAAGAGACUCAAGUGGAUUUUGAUUUGAUCUACGGUGCUUUUGCUUGGUACACAUUAUUCUCAGAUACUACGCAACUUGACAAAGUACUCAAUUGUACCACAUACAACAGCAAAAGACAAUUUAUGUAUAUUCACACAGGUGGUACAAGUGGCAAUGCCACUAUGUUGUCAAGGUAUGAGCAUAAAAAUAAAUCGUAA